AUGGCAGCACGAGAUGCUAUGUUGGCAGAUGCUACCGCUGCAAAGUCCAAGGAAAAGCCAAAGCCUACAACUCCUGCUUCACGCCAACGUACGCAACCACAGCAACGAGCUCGGUUUCAGCAGCCUGAUGUCAAUCAAAAUAAGAAAUGGAUGGGUGUUAACAAGACUAGUGCUGACUUCAAGGUCCUGGAUUAUGGUGCUGGCACCGGUUUUCUUAGUAUGGCUUUUGCUCCUCACGUUAGCAAAGUCCAUGCUAUCGACAGCGCUCGCGGUAUGGUGGAUGAAUUCAACAAGUUCGCGGCAAAGACAGCUACGAAGAGAGCAUACCCCAAUUGCAAAAUGAAGGCCGUGUGGGGUGGCCUCAUUGAUCACGAGAAGCCACAGGAUCCCAAGAUUGCGAACGCUCAGCCGUCAUGGGACUAA